AUGCUGAGGCGAGACUGUUCGUACUCUCGACUACCCAGAUACACUGGGCCCCCGGCUCAAGCAUCACCUUUACCCGACCAACCACUCAAGUCCCACGACGAGACGCGCCUUGGGACGCCAUCAGUGAUUUCCCAAGCCAGCCUGUCGCCAGCUUCGAGCUUAGAGCAUACACCUAAGGUGGCCUACGAUCUGGAUCACCUUGCCUUGCUCCACCACGUUGAACACGAUAUGAUAAAGCCUCCUCACACCCACUUCGUGGCCAACGAGGCGGAUGCUGGCCCUCUGCUACAGUUGAUUAUGAAGUCUGCCCUUUCCGCCUCGUAUUUCAUGGACGAGCUGCUAGGGUUUGCCGCCCUACACCUCAGUGUGCUCACCGACGACGCCGCCGAGAAGAUACGCUACCGCCACCAGGCAGUCUAUCUCCAGACCCGUGCCUUGGCGUCGUUUAAUACAUUGGCCCCUGAAAUCACGGACAAGAACUGUACGAUUAUCUUCUUGUUUUCUUCCUUCACUGCCAUGCACAUGCUACAUGACACGGUUGCCACAGAGAGGGACUUGCUGGAGCUACUCGAAAGGUUUAUACAGUUCGUGCACCUAUAUCGCGGCUUAGGUGCCAUCACGGACCGCGGUUGGCAUGUCAUCCGGAAAUCAGAGCUGCGAAGUAUCUUUGACCUGAUUGAGGCAGUCGACCGGGUGGAAAUGACAUCCGGAAGAGAAUGCGAGAAGCUCGCGGGACUACUUUCAGAAUCCAGUGACCAACUUGGCUCAGAACCUACCAAGGCAUGUCUCGCAGCCCUCAAUUCACUGCAGGGAGUUUUUAAUCAAUACAAUACCCUGCCCGGACCGAUGAAUCGACAUGUCGUUCUUGGUUGGCCCGUUCACUUAUCCACCGAGUACUUGACCUUGCUCAACAUGCGACAGCCUGAGGCUCUUGUGAUCUUGGCAUACUGGGCUGUUCUUUUGCAUUAUGGACGAAGUUUUUGGGUGUUUGGCGAUGCCGGGCGGUUCCUGGUACAGGCUAUCUCGAAAUUUCUUGGAAAACACUGGGGUCCUUGGAUGGAAUGGCCAAAACAAGCCAUUGAGAGCCACGCGCCGCCACCACCACGAAGCUGA